CUUUAUUUAAAUAGAUACAUCAGUCAACAAACACACAGAUAAAAUAAAAAUGCAUGCCUGAAUUAUCACUGAGCAUCCUCAACCAAUCCCUCUAAAAUAAACAGCAACACCUGCAUUUAUUCUAAUUAAGAAUAUAAGCUUUACAUUGUCUCUGUGGAGUGUUAAUGAUUCAGGAGAGACACACACCAGCAGUGCCUGUUUCCAUCACAAACACUAUCGGUUACCACCACAGUACAGUUUCUAUAGUAAAACAUAUGGGGGUCCCAGGGGGUCUGUGCUGAUCACUGCAUGGUUCUGAGUAUCACCAACAGAUGGCGCAUCUUUCCAGAUCUCUGUCCACCGGACCGAAGAUGAGGAGUUCGUGUUAAUGACAGUGGAUGUGUUUUCUGUUGCCCCCGCAUCCAUCCCGUGGAGUCAGCAUCAGAUCCAUGUGUGUCAGAGAGCAACGUCCCUGUCAACUGCUCUCAUCAGCACCACCCUCAUCCACACCCUCACAAGUCACACACACACAGACACAACACAGGAAGUCGGAUUAAAUCUUUUCAAAUCAAAACUAAACACAAAACAAGUUAUUUAGCUUCUUUUUCAGAUACAUUUAAUUCAAUACAUUUAACAUCUCCUGACUGUUUUGAAUUUAUAACGUAUAGCCUAUUCAUGCUUUAUUUAACACAGUUAUACUGAAAUACUGUUAGCCUCUAAAUGCUAAGUGAGCAACAAGUCAAAUAGAUUUAAAACAAAUAGUCAUUUUUUUAUUUGAGGAAAUUCUGUGAACAAUAUAAUCUUUCCUGUUGUAGGUAGCUCUUUGAACAACCUCAGUAUGGCAGGACUAAUGAGCUAAAAGCUAAACCAAAAAAUACUUUCACAUCUUAAAACAUCGACAAUCUUCAACGUCUUAGCAGCUCAUUUUAUAGCAUGCUAUUUGAUAACCCCUUUCAGUUCUGUCGCUUAUGCAUUACAUGGCUAUUCCUACACAAAUAUUACUUCACUAAUGUCCCAGGAUAUAAAAGAUGCUGAAGCCAGCUGCGGUCACCUCACAGUAAGUUCAGAAUUGUGUGUCAGUUUGAUGUCACACCAAACUUACAUCAGAAAAGCAGCAACAUCUCCUCGAAGGUCACUGUCCUUCUUUUUGUUGUUUCACUGUGAAUGUUGUGGACAAGGGGACACAUCUGAAACUUAAGAUGUCUCUCUUUUUUUGACACACACGAUUUGAAUGAAAUGGUGGUUCUGCAGAAAUUCUGCAGGCCCUCGAAGACCAGGAUUGGGCACCACUAAGGUUUAUGAAAUACUAUUGCCACUAUAUAAAACAAGACAGAAGCAGAAAUUUCAUUUUAGCUUCAAGCUGUAUUAAAGAUACAGAAUCGUGGUCCAUAAUAAAAUAAAGGAAAAUGAGAAGAGAAAAGCUCACACUACAAAAAUAAAAUAAUAAUAAAAAAGUGACGUCACAGAUAUUUACACAUAUGCAGGCACAUUUUUGGACGGAUACCCAACUGAGAUGACCCUAAGGCAGAGGGCUUUAUAACGCAAUUCUGCUGAUUCAUGACUCUGCAUUAAAGAUGCAAUGCCUAAAAACAGCUGCACAAGAUAUCACAUAUUUAACAAACAUUGCACUUGCCUUGGGAGUCUCAGUAAUAUUCUCAAAAAGUAUUGUUCGCCACAGUCAAAUUCUGCAUGUCCUUCUUUGUAUAAUUACCCCAUGGGCUUUGUAUGAAGAUGAGCAAAAGUUUGUUGUUCAACCAGGCUUUAACGUAGCGUCCAGGCUUUUAUUUUGUAAACGUGCACCGGAAGUCACGCUUCUCCGCACCGUCUAACUUGCCUGCCGUCCAGCCGAGCAGCCUCCUCUCCCUUCAUAUGACUGGGGAGUGACGCAGGGCAGACGGAAAAAAAGAAAAGAAAAAGAAAACUGGGUCUUUAGGUGGGAGCAGGACGGCGGAGAUGCUGGAGCAGAUUUCAGUUUGAUUUAUUGGUCAGGUUCCAGUCGGUUGCACGAGCUGCGUGUCCGCUCGGAGGACAUGAGCGUCAGCUGCAGGCAGGCGUUCCUGUGACACAUCCCAGCUCAUAACCAGGGAGCAUCGCCUCAUCCUCGGGGCGGAUCACUUUGGACACAUUCCCAGGUAAUCCUUGUUUCUGCACAUGGAAAAGUAGCCUCAUCCCCCCCACUGAGCACCAACAUCCAAUUUGAGAGGACAUUUGGACCCUCCCCACACACCUCCUCUCCGUCACUCCAACAAAACCUGCACGAUGAAUUAUCUGCGUCGACGACUGUCGGACAGCAAUUUCAUGUCCAACCUGCCCAAUGGCUACAUGGGCGACCUGCAGCGCCCCGAGCCGCAGCAGCAAAGCCCCGCAGUGUCCCCGGGGCCGGCGGAGAGGCGCCAGCCCCCCGGCCAGCAGCAGCAGCAGCAGCAGCAGCAGCAGCAACAACAACAACAGCAGCAGCAGUCUGCAGGUGGGGGCUCCAGCUUCUUCUCCUCCCUAUCCAACGCUGUCAAACAGACCACAGCCGCUGCGGCUGCAACCUUAUCGGAGGCGGCGGACCGGGCAGGUGUGUCCAGCCACGCCAAGAUCCUCCUGGUCAUCGACGACCAGCAGACCGACUGGGUGAAGGUCUUUAGAGGAAAGAAGGUGCACGGUGAAUUUGACAUCAAGGUAGAACAGGCAGAAUUCUCUGAAAUCAACCUGGUGGCCAACUCCUUGGGCACCUACACCGUGAGCAUUGACGCCAUCAGGAGUGGACACAAGGUCACUAAAUCCUUCAAACCAGACUUUGUGCUGAUUAGACAGCAUGCGUUCAGCAUGGACAAGAACGGAGACCAUCGGAACAUGGUGAUCGGACUGCAGUACGCCGGAGUGCCAAGUGUCAACUCUCUGCACUCUGUCUAUAAUUUCUGCGACAAACCAUGGGUUUUUGCUCAGAUGUCACGACUCCACAAGCAGCUGGGCCCGGAAGAGUUCCCACUGAUCGAACAGGCUUACUAUCCAAACCACAAGGAAAUGAUCACCUCCCCUCAGUUCCCUGUUGUUGUAAAAAUGGGCCAUGCUCACUCAGGAAUGGGAAAGGUGAAAGUGGACAAUCAAUAUGACUUCCAAGACAUCGCCAGUGUCGUGGCACUGACCAAGACCUACGCCACAUCUGAGCCGUUUAUUGACGCCAAGUACGAUGUCCGCAUCCAGAAGAUUGGUAACAAUUAUAAGGCCUAUAUGAGGACUUCUAUUUCUGGCAACUGGAAGACUAACACUGGCUCAUCCAUGCUUGAGCAGGUGGCCAUGUCAGACAAGUACAAAAUGUGGGUGGAUUCGUGUGCAGACAUCUUUGGAGGGUUAGACAUCUGUGCUGUGGAGGCACUACAUGGCAAAGAUGGCAAGGAUUAUAUUAUAGAGGUUGACGACUGUUCAAUGCCACUGAUUGGGGACCAGCAGGAUGAGGAUCGUAGUCAAAUUGCAGAACUAGUAGUUUCUCAGAUGAACCAGACGGUUCCACGCACUCCGAGUUCUUCCGCAGUCCGUGCCUCUGCAGGACAGCCAGCUCAGAGAGUGAUUUCUCCUCAGCCGGUCUCACAACCCAAAGUACCACAGGCUCAGCAGCGUCCCUCCCCUCAGG